UCACAAUUUUGAUUUGUCAAUGUCGCCCGCCACCCGGCUUCGUUUCGUGGAAUUUAUCUAUCAAAAACAGUGAUGGUUGUGGAUUGUGGAUCGAUAGUAAUUAUCAACUAAUUUGUACAGAUUUCCGCAUUAGUGUAUCGGCGAAAACGCUCUAUAUUAUAUUAUAUUAGAUAUACUAUAUAUUAGUGUAUAGUUGUUUAUCGUAUGAAGUAAAUGACAAUAUGGCUUCAGAAUUUGUGAAAGGCCUAUUAUUGUCGCUGUUGUCUCCAGAAUGUUACGAAGAGUAUUUUACAAAGUACAACUUUCUUGACGUACCAUGUUUCAAGGCAUCAUUAAGCAAAGGACUUGGUAUCGGUAUAAUAGCGGGUUCCAUUUUGGUGAAGGUACCUCAAAUCUUGAAGAUUCUCAACAGCAAAAGUGCAGAAGGCAUCAAUUUCUAUGGCGUCUGUCUUGAACUAUUUGCAAUCACUGCCAAUUUUGUUUAUAGUUUUGUGAUGGGUUUCCCAUUCAGUGCAUGGGGAGAGGGAACAUUCCUAGCAAUACAGACUGCUAUUAUAGCUGCUUUAGUUCUCUACUAUGGAGGUUCUUCAGGACUGGCCACAGCCUUCCUAGGCUCAUACACUGGAGCUGUGUCUGCAUUGAUAAGUGGUUACACACCUACUGACAUUCUAUGGUCCAUGCAGGCUGCCACUGUACCCAUCAUUUUAGUAGCUAAGACAAUUCAGGUAGUCACAAACUACAAGAACGGCAGUACUGGCCAACUGUCAGCCAUUACAUGCCUCAUGCUAUUUGGUGGCAGUAUUGCCAGAAUUUUCACUUCUAUCCAAGAGACAGGAGAUUUCAUUAUCAUCCUCACUUAUUGUGUAUCAACAGCUGCUAAUGGAGCGCUGGUCCUGCAACUGUUCUGGUAUUGGAAUGUUGACAAGACCAGCAAGAACAAGAUCAAGAAGAAGAAGAAACGCACGUAAUUUUAAGUGAACAAUUUCAGAUCAAUUGUUGUGAUUACGAUCAAUUAAUUUAUAUAACAUUGAAUCAAUGUCAUUGAUGAUUUGCAUAAUAUAUUUAGUCUUUAAUUUCA